AUGGGCUCUGCAAUCACGACCAUCGUUUUUCAGCCGCCGCAGCCCAGCUACAGUCGAGAUCCAAACCUUAUUUGGCUCAGCACUUCGGAGCACGAGGUGAUCCCUGCUUUCUUUAUUGACAGGGACGCCAAGUUUACCCUGCUCUUCAGCCAUGGCAAUGCAGAGGACUUGGGAAUGAUAAUCCAGUAUUUCCGGGAGGUGUCGCACAUUCUGGAUGUCAACAUCUUCGCGUACGAUUACACUGGAUACGGAAUGAGCUCAGGCAAGCCAUCGGAGCAAGCGCUGUAUGCUGACAUUGAGGCAGCAUUUAAGUAUCUGCGCGACAUCGUCGGUACGCCUUGGAGCGAGAUUGUGGUGUAUGGAAGAUCAAUCGGGUCGGGCCCAUCCAUCCACUUGGCUACAAGGACCGCAGUGCGAGCAAUUGUGCUGCAGAGUCCGCUGCUCUCCAUCUACCGGGUGGCAUUUUCUUCCAGUUUCACGCUGCCCGGCGACAUGUUUCCGAAUGUUGACAGAAUUGGUCAGGUGAAGUGCCCUGUCUACAUCGUGCAUGGAACUCAGGACGAGAUCAUCCCUUCAUCUCAUGCCGAGGACCUGGUAAGGAAUUGCCGCGAGGGAAUCGCCUAUCCGCCUUACCUGGUCGAGAAUGGCGGGCACAACAAUCUGGAGCUGAUUGCUCGACAGCCUUUCUAUGACAACUUCACGAAAUUCCUUCAGUGGUUGGAGAAGGGUGAGAUAUCGGACGAGCUGCAUCAACAUGCGCUUUCCGCUGAGCUUUGA